AGGCAUGCCAGCACCCGCCCUGUGAAAUCAGCAUCGCAGCGCGCGGAGUUGACAAGUGCGCCUCCCCCUCUCCAAACGUUGUUUGACAUACCCAUCGUUACAGGCUUCGCCUCUGGCAGUUUCUUUUUUUAAAAGGCAAGCUCAAAGCCGCAGAUUAUACAUUUUGGUUAAAUAACCUACAGAGGGAGAGGCAGGGGGAACCAGGCGCGCUCUUCUUUCACAUUUGGAGACAGGGAGGUUGCGCGUAAACGGCACCGGGCAUCACUGAAGGAAAAAGACACGCACUCGUGGAUAUCUUCUGUUCUUUUAUUAUUCAUUUCAAGGUUGCAGAGCUGCGAGAAAGGAAGCAGAGAGGACUGUGAGAAUUGGAUGCGUUGAAAUCUUGGACUCCAGCGCGCAGAGCACCUGUGGAUGCAAACACCCCCCUGAUAUUUGGACUGACACCCUUUGCAAAAAAGAAAGGAUUCCUCACAAUACACAGCUGAUAUUCGUCGCAGUUUUUAGUCCUACAAUCUUCAGUUUAGAGUCAAAAAAGGCGCACCAUGCUGCUGAGUAUCCCCCUCCUGGUGGUCCCCCUCCUGAGCAUCACCGGCUGCAGCUCGUCCUACGUGCCGUGCCAGCCGUGCGACCAGAAGGCCCUGUCCAUGUGUCCGCCGGUGCCGGUGGCCUGUCAGCUGGUCAAGGAGCCCGGCUGCGGCUGCUGCCUGACGUGCGCGCUCGAAGAGGGCCAGGCGUGCGGCGUGUACACCGGGCCGUGCACGCGCGGACUCCGCUGCCUGCCCAAGAACGGCGAGGAGAAGCCGCUGCACGCGCUGCUGCACGGCCGCGGGGUGUGCAGGAACGAGAAGUUGUAUAAACUGCUGCAUCCGUCAAAAGAUGGAGAGUCCCACGAUGGUGCAGUGCUACCUGUCCCAGAGUCCAUGCUGCCCCAAACCAAGGUGCCACUAUACGGCAGAGACCACAUCAGCAGUCGAAAAGCCCAGGCCAUGAAGCAAGCCAAGGACCGCAAGAAGCAGCUGGCCAGACUGGGACAAAGCAGCAACCUGGACUUCACACCGCUCAGCCUGGAUAAACUGGAGCCAGAGUUCGGACCCUGCAGGAGAAGACUGGAUAAUCUCAUUCAGAGCAUGAAGGACACUUCUAGGGUUCUGGCUCUCUCUCUUUACAUCCCCAACUGUGACAAGAAGGGCUUCUUCAAGCGCAAACAGUGUAAGCCAUCCCGCGGUCGGAGAAGGGGGAUCUGCUGGUGCGUGGACCGCUUUGGCGUGAAGAUCCCCGGCAUCAACUACGCCGGAGGAGACCUGCAGUGCAAAGAGCUGGAGAGCAGCAGCAACAGCAAUGAAUGAUAAAGUGAAGCGGUCGUACUCUGAGCCCUGUUCUUCUCUAAACCCUGCCAAUCAAGCUAGCACGCUAAAUGACUGCCAAAUCAGGAAACAAGUGGCACAAAUAGUUAUAAAUAUUUGGUCAGGUGUGAUGGACUACGUUGUUUUUCUUGUCUUGUUGAAAGGGAGUUGAAACGAAGUUCUUGGGUUAAAAUCUGCACGUGUAGAUCUUAACUCCAGCUCCCGACUGACUAUGUUUGAGGUCAGCUAACACCCUGCCUCUUUAUAUCCAUAGAUAGAAUAGAGGAUUAUAUAUAUAUUUGUAUGAUACGAUGAUAUAUUGUGUACUUGGAGUGUGUUGCUAAAUUCUAUCAAGAAAUCGUAGGACAAGACAUAUUUUAAAUGUGGCUAAAAAUCAAUAUUUUGUCUUUUUUGAGUCGGUUCUUGUCGAAAUUAGUGAUGUAAAACUUUAUGUUAGUGUUGAGGAUGAUAUUCUGAUGUAAAAUAUAUUUUGUAUGUUGUUAUCACAUGGGGGAGGACAGGAGCCUUUUGGCGGCAGGAAAGCUAUCGCUGUUUGUUAGCCGUUUAUUCUCUAACCGGAGAUGUUUAACCCACAAAACUAACUCUCUUGCAGAGAGAGAACAAGAAGAGUGACACCACUUUUUGUGUCAGUCUGGUUAAGAUUGAAGCUAUGACUCUGUCCAAAUGUCACAAAAUCUACCAACAAGUACCUCUACAGCUCACUUAUCAUGUCAUGUGCUUUUUUCUGUUGCAACAAGGAGAUAACUGAAAACAACAAGAGUUUGAUUCAUCAUUGCGGUUUCAUUUCCUGGAGGUUGCACAAGCCUAGCAAGAGAUCAAACCUGCACUUACAAUCAUAAAAAUCAGGACAGAAUUCAACUUUAAGUUUGUGGAAAUUAAAUAAGACAUCAACAAGUCAUUUAAGGCUUGUUUAAAUGCAUUUUGCAGACGGAUGAUGCUUUAUAUUUUCAGUAAAAGCAACACUUAGCAGUAACUGUAGCUAACUAUCCUGCGUCCACUGUUAAACUUGGUUGUAUUUGAAGUAACUAGAAUAAAACCCAAUUCAUAAACAAACUAUUGUACAGUAAGAGGUUGAUACUUAAAAGCCUUCUUCAAGUCCAGAUAAUCGCGUCCACUGUUUGUAAAUGUAUGUACAGAGUGUGUGUGUGUGCAUGCUCCUGAGUGUGUUUGUAUGUUUGUAUACCGUACUGCACGUGCCAUGCCCUUAUAUCGUUCUCAAUUACAAGAAAUCUCUGGUGUAGACUCUCUCAAGCUAAGUCUAUCCAAGCUACUGUCUGACAAAUGUGGUGCUGUGCAUUUCCCUCCACACACAAAUCGUAUGCAAACGCCCCGCGUUGGUUCUUUUUCCACGUGCAGGGUCUCCACAGGCAAAUCUGGGACUCACUCUCAUGGUUUUAUCAGGUCUCUUAUCCUGCACAGAGCAAGGUCGCUGAGUUUGUAUGUAAAUUCAAGUGCCUUCUGGCCCACGCCACUUUGAAUUGGAUUUGCAUGUGGACUCAAUGUGUUGUUGAAAGAGGGACACUUCAGCACAGAAGUUUUUAGAUGGUUGCUGUCAAAGAAAACAAAGAUCCUCAAGUCAAUCUCCUCUUUUCUGUUGUUUUAAUCUCCCAACUCAUGACUUUUAAAAUCUCAGACAUUCCUCCUGCACUGACGGGUGGGGGAGGGGAGGGGGGGGGGGGGGCGGGGGGCUCACAAACACUUGCUGUUAAUAGUAGCACAACACAGUGACACUUUGAACUUCUCAGAAAUCUCAGCUCAAGCAAAGAUCAAUGUGAACAUUAUAGUGAAAUAUUUAUCAGGCGUGUAAUUGAUGUACCCGGUUUUUUUUGUAAUGACAAAUCACUAUUUAAAUAAAGUUCAUGUACUCACAAAAAUGCAAACCUGCACUUUUGUCUUACAUGUGUGGACUCUGCAAAGAUGUCAA